CCCGUACCUGGUAAAGCAUGGCGGCUUAGGGUAAAAUUGAUGUAUUUACAUUUGGCGUUUCGACAGCUAGCCGCUUAGGUUGAGCAGAAACGAAAGUGUCGGGCGAGCUCGGGAAAGGCCGUUAGAAAUGAAAGUUGUGAGACACGCUGGGGCGACGUAGCAGACUAGCUUUGUUUCUGUGCGACACAUGAAUUAAUUAUUAGCUGCGUUCACUCAGCGAGGCGAUGCCGGCGAUGUGCGCGAAUCGUUAGCCGGCGGUGUCAGAGUCAGUCAGUGUUCUUCCCUUUUCUUCGCGACACGACGAGCUAAUAACACGUAACAGAGAUGGCUGUUGUUUAGAAAAACGGGGCCAUGUUUAGCGCUGUACAGUCGGAAUAUCCCAGGCUCACGCUCCCGAGGGCUGUAAACCGAGAGCUGGGGAAGACAAAGAUGAGAUAGCAAGGCGAGGGGGAGCGCGCCGCUUACGUCACGUUCCAUACAUCGCUUUCAGUCAGUGGAGUGGUCCGCUCGAGCGUUUCCAGGGCGACCGCGAGCCGCCAUGUUCGGGAAUCUCUUCGAGGAGGACGAGGAGGACUCGUCCUUCGUGCUCCCUGGUGGCGGUGGUGGGGUCGAGCCCGGCAGCAAGAAGGCCGAGCCGCCGGCGCCCAGAGGAGCCCUGAACCUGAGCGGCCUCCAGAACCAGGGAGGGACGUGUUACCUCAACUCCCUGCUGCAGACCCUGCUCUUCAGCCCCGAGUUCAGGGAAGAGCUAUUCAGUUUGGGACCAGAGGAAUUGGGCUGCUUGGAGGACAAGGAUAAGCAGGAGGCCAAGGUUCGAGUGAUUCCCCUGGAGCUGCAGAGGCUCUUUGCUCACCUGCUGCUGGUGGACCAGCAGGCAGCUUCCACGGCUGACCUGACGGAUAGCUUUGGGUGGACCAACCGUGAGGAGAGCAGCCAGCAUGAUGUUCAGGAGCUGAACCGCAUCCUGUUUAGCGCUCUUGAGAGUUCGUUGGUGGGAACCACAGGGAGCAGCCUCAUCCACCGCUUGUACCACGGCACCGUGGUCAAUCAAAUCGUCUGCAAGGUGUGCGGCUACCUCAGCGAGAGCCAGGAGGACUUCCUCGACCUCACUGUGUCUGUGUCUGGCGUGAGUGGCCUGGAGGAGGCGCUGUGGAAUAUGUUCGUGGAGGAAGAGAUGUUUGAGGGAAAUAACCUUUACCGCUGCAGUCGCUGCAAUGUCCUUGUUGAGGCUGCCAAGUCUGCCAAACUGAGGAAGCUGCCUCCAUUCCUGACUAUGUCCCUGCUGCGUUUCAACUUUGACUUUACCAAGUGCGAGCGCUACAAGGAGACAGGCCGAUACACCUUCCCCCUCAGCAUCAACCUAAAGCCCUUCUGUGAGCAGGCCGAGCGACCGGAGUCCGAGUACACAUACGAGCUCUUCUCUGUGAUCAUACACAAGGGAGGUUGCUACGGCGGCCAUUACCAUGUGUACAUCAAGGACAUUGACCAGCUGGGCAACUGGGAGGCGCCGGAGGAGGAACUGAAACCCAAGUUUGUGAAGAAAGAGGCACAGUUGUCUGAACCAGUCCUGGAGAAGGAGGACCCUCUAUCUGUCCUCAUAGCCAUACUGUCUCAGGAAGAAUCCAAGAGCAUCCUUGUUGACCAGCUGGGUCAGAAGCUGUUGGACACAAUCGGGGUUUCAUGGAACAAGAAGUUCCGCAAGCAGUACGGGCCCAUUGGGAAGUUUCUCCAUAGCCACUCAGAUGUGUUCAUGCUGGUCUCCAAUGCCACGCGGGUUGCCCUUAAGUCCACUACUCUGACUUUGGUGACAGACACCAGUCUGAAGAACCUCUCAGUAAGCCACGAGUUGGACUUGAAACCUGCCGACGGUCCUCACUGGUUCGACCUAAACGACUCCACCGUGACGCCCAUACAUGAGAGGGACAUUGAGAAGCAGUUUCAGGGCAAAGAGAGUGCUUACAUGCUGUUUUACCGGAAAGCAGAACUGUGCAGGCCUGAGGAAGCCAAACAGAAUCCUAGCUACAAGGUGCCUCCACACUUGCUCAGAAUGGUCCAGGAGGAGAAUGCCCGGCUCCGGCAGAGACGGGAAGAGUUUGAAUCCUCCACCAACACUGUGGAGGUGCAUUUGCACCUGGCCCCCCAUUAUCAACUGGAGAACGGGGCUUUGUGGCCCAAGGGCUCGACCCAGGACAGUACCCUUACACUGAACUUUGACCGACGCAGGACUGUUGGGGACUUCAGGCAGGCCAUCUACCAGAUGCAGGAUACCUGGGAAGGAGACAUGGCCCUGACUUUGGCCAAGAGCCUGCCUGCUGGACUGCACCUCUAUAACACUCUCACAGAUGAUCAGCAGUCUCUGUUCAGUGCUGGUGUGACCAAUGGCUCUGACCUCUUUGUGUGGAAUGGCAGGGAGGUAUGUGGCACUUCAGUGCAGAUGGGUUCUGAGUGGGAACCAGUCCUGCUCACUUUGCUACGGGCCUCCAACGGGGCUGAGGAGCAGGGUGGAGCUGAGGAUGCAUCAGGCUCUGGGCUUCUGCGGGUGAUGCGGGGCUUUCCUGGGGGGACCACGCUGGAGGUGGUCUGUGAAGCCCUGGGUCCCGAAGACACCUUGCUGUGCCAGGAGGAGAGCCAGCCAGGCUCCAGUGGCGGGGGUGCCAGUAACUGGAGAGUUUUUCCCCCUUCUGAAAUGCACAGAACCCUAAAGGAGCUGUCACUAAAGGAUGGUGACACUCUGCUGGUGCUUGAACCCCAGGUUCUUGAUACCAGCCUCUUUAGCCUGAGGGGUGAUGUCGUCACUGUGACAACCCCCUCGGACUGCCGCUGGCUCCAGGUUGAGUUUCGCCCCCGUGGGGACAGACCAAGGGAGGGAAAAGAGAAUGGAGAGGAGAGAAGGAGGGAAAAGAUCUCUGCCUCUGGAAACAUGCUGCUGUCUGAGGUGAAGCAGAGUGCCAUUGAGCAGCUGGAUAUGCAGGAGCAGCUCAUAGGUGUGGAAUGCUGUCUGCGGCAGGUGGACCACACUGGAAAACUGCUGCCCCCAUGUAAUGACUCCACACUUGUGGUCUUUGUAAUCCCUGGAGUGACUGUUGCUGCUUUUACCCCAUUCUUUGGCUUGAGUGCAUUUGUAUCUCCAACCCCCCCAGUGCGUGAGGACCUGACUGUGCGUGAGGCUGGGGUUAAACUUAUGACCUCUCUGUUCCUGUGCCGUGGAGCUGCCCCCGGACCAACGCAGCUGUUCCUCUAUUUCACUGUGAGUUCUGGAUCCAGCACUGGGGCUGAAAUGGAGAUCAUGGUGGAGGAGUCCAUCACAGUGAAAGAGUGUCUGAGACUGAUGUUGAAAGCAGCUUGUCUGGAAGGAGACUGGUGGCAUCUGAGGAAGAUGGACUGGUGUGAGGAGGUGGGCGACCCACUCAUGGAUGAGGAUGCCUCUCUGACCGAGUUGAAAAUUGGUACUGGCGACACUUUGGUGGUAACUGAAGGACAACUGCCACCUAAGGGAUUUCUCAAGCUGCCCAUCUGGAUGCUUGGAGAAUCUGAUGAGUCCUUUUGCCAAGCAGAUGCUAAAGGGAACCAUGUAAUAAAUGGGGUGGGGAACCAGAGAGAGGGUCUUCCAUCUGCUGAUGGGCUUGGAGGACCAGGGCAGUUUGCGGGCCAUGUGGAGAUUUCAGUGGAAGCCUCUUUGGACGAUUUGAAAAUUCAGGUGUUGACUCUGCCCAUCCUGCAGGAUCUGUGUGUGCCUACACCAGCCUUCCUGCGUGUUUGGCUGCUAGAAGGACGGAGACCCAGCAGAAUCCUCAGAGGUAGACUGCAGCCCCUCAAGAAGAUGAAGCUACGCAAUGGCAUGGAGCUGGGUGUGCAGCGGCUCUUGAAAGAGGAGGAUCUUGGGCUGAAGGAGUUGCUGUUGUGGGUGAAGAUUGGGGUGCCGGGGGAGCGGAAAUAUUACCCCUCUGAGGAACUGGUCUGGGAUGCUGGCCGGGAAGGAUCCCCCCGCAGUCUCCGGCAGGCCAUCGCUGCCCAAUAUGGCCUGUCUGCUGACAGCCUCCACAUGGCUAAGUACUGCCCUGAGAAAUACACCUGGAUGGCCAUAUCCAGCUGGAGUCAGCAGGUCUCAAAGCGAAAAAAGAAGAAAAAAGCGGAGAACCUGUAUGGAGCACCAUUUCACCUGAAAGAUGGUGACAUCAUAGGUGUCAAGAACCUGUUGAUUGACAGCAACAAGGACUUCAGCACCUUGGAGGACGAAUUAGAGCAACAGAGAUUACAACAAGAAGCCGAGGGCCGGAAAAGGGGCAGGGGACAGAAUGGCGGUGGAGAGCCCAGUGUGGAGGUGACAGCUGAGAGGAGAGGUUCAGGGAAGCAAAGGAAACCGGAAGUGGCCUUGUCAAUCAACGUGGGACACUUCAGAUAGCACCUGUUGUCGAUCCACAGACAUAUUUUUAUUUAUAAACAUAUACAUGAUUCUCCUCCAUAUGCCAAACCGAUCCUACUGCCUGUGGCCCGGUUUCGUGUUUGGAGAUCGGCUUUGUGUCUCAGGUAGAAUAACUAAGAGCCAGAAUAAGGUGUGCUUUAAAAAAAUACAGAUGGGAGGGUGUCUAGUGGGUGGGGUUCUUUAGAUCAUGUUAAGCACAGAUCUUGAGAAGAGGGUGAUUAUUUUUGUCACUUGGCUCUCUGAGGUAGUGUGUUUUCAUAUUGAUGCAGCUGAAAGCAGUGCAGGUCACACUGUUGUCACAGCACUGGGUCCGACUCCUGCUCACUCUGUAACUAUGCAAAUUGUCUCUGCCACCUCUGUGUUGUGGUCCCACUUUCCCAGAAGGGUCCCGUGUGUGUUCACUGCUGGCAAUGUGUCAUGUGAGAAAGCAGUACUGACCUUCCCACUUUCUGAUGGAGAGGGGAGCAUAGUGUUAUAAUGUAACUGUGGUCAGCCUGAGUCCGUCUUGUCCUACACGCCUAAGAGUUGAGCUGUCGUCUCGCAAAUGGCAAAGCAAGUAAAAAUUGGUGCCCUCGGCCUUUUAUUAGCAACAAAAACCUCAGUGUACCUAGACAGUUGCAAACAAAUAUGCAUCAGUCUUAUUGGGAAAAACAAAUUAAUCAGAACAAUGAUAGCUGAACAAUUGAUAAGAAGUAAGCAUUUAAGAGCUGAUCACUGAAGUAUGCUUGCUUGGACAGUUUUAAAGUUAAGUAGUAAAAAGACGCAUUAAAUCCUGUUGCAUUCAUGCCAGUUGGAAUACACACUGUAUGCUGAAUUUCCAGAGAAAACAAAAAAUGAAUACUUGCAGUGAUGUUUAUUUGGAUACUGUCAUAUUGCUGCUGAUUUGUUCCUGUUGAAAGGGAUAUGGUUCCAAAUAUUUGUAGAGGAAUUGACAUGUGUUGUUCUGCAUUGAAAAAGCUUAUUUUUUGUUAACUUUGGAAAAAUGUCAGGUUUGGGUGUAUAUACACAGACAUACUAAGGACACUUUGAUGCCCUUUUUUUAUAUGGAAUCACCUCGGAAGAACGGUGCCUUACUGAGAAAGGCCCGAGAUACACCGCACAGACCUCAAACUCCCUCAUAUUUCCUCUGCCCUUUUCCAUGACACCUCAUCUUUCUGAAAGGACACUGACAAAGAGCAAAAAAACCUGUUAUACCAUGUGUUCCCAGUAAAUCAGAGUAAUGGUUUCCUUUAGUUCAAGAUGAAGUCGGUGUAACUUAUCCUUGUUUGAAUUUGGGAACGCAUGGGAUCAUGUUUGAACUACUCUCUUUAAUGAUUCCUAGAAGUUUUUCUAUUUCAAAGUACAAUAUGUCUUCCCUUCAUUUAACCCUUAACUCCUUUCUGGUGAGGCUUUUUUUUAUGAUCCCUGUUAUGUACGAGAUGACAAAAAAGAUGUGCAUUUAUUGUCUCAAGGGACAGGAAUGUAAGUACUGUACCUCUUAGGAUUUUACAGCAACACCAUGAUAAAAAUGUGUUAAUGGAAUAGGUUUUUGGAGAAUACUGUAAUUACUGGUAAAAUUGUUUUAUUUUUUCAUUGACAAUUUCCCCCUAAAAUGCUUGAUUUAUUGGUCUGGGUAUGUGAAGCAGCAGCAAAAGAACUGAAGACAAUGUUUUUUUUGUUGUUGACAGAUUUGUAUUAUACAUGAAGAAAUAAAUACUGUUAAUAUU